UGGUGGUGGUGGUGUAGACUGGUGCUAGCAGUAAACCAGUCAUACGUCAGUUGUGCAACUGUAAGAUUUAAAAAUAGAUGUGCUAGAGCCAGUGAUACCCUCACUGACUUAAACCACACCUCACACACACUAGAAGAGGAAGUUGUUUACUUUGUGAUCUUAGCAACUUCAGACACAAGUAAUCUACGUGUGUAUGAGCCUGGAUGAAAUGAUGGCAAUCUACCUGUACGUUGGGAUUGUGUUGUCUGCUGCCAUUACAGGGACCGAUGCUUACAACAGAUACAGCAGCUACAGUUACUGCUGUUCCGAUCUCAGCCCCUACACCAUCGCAGGGAUUGUGCUUGGCUGUAUCACCGUGGUGUGCUGCAUUGCCUCGGCCAUCUUCUUCUUGUGUCGGUACAAGCAACAGAGGGCAAGGGUCAUGGCUCUCCAGUCCCAGCAACGUGUCGUCACAGUCAACA